AUGACGGAAUUGCCUCUCAGCGCCGUCGCUGAGCGCAAAACCCGCCGGGCCCAUAAGAACUCCCGCGACGGCUGCCCCGAGUGCAAGCGCCGGCGAAUAAAGUGCAUGGAAGAACUACCCCUGUGUCAGAACUGUAUCCGCAAGGGGAUCCGCUGCGGCUACUUGGACAUGGGCGCCGUCAAGAUCCAGGCGCUCCGCGACAAGCACGCGCUUCGCCGCCGCCAGGAGAACCGCGAGUUGGCGCUGAUAUUGCUGCCGGCUCCCAGCGCCAGCGGCGCUAGUGGCAGCGCUAAUACCAGUACUUUGAGCGCUACUGCCACCGGCGGCUCUACUAGCGCCAAUACUAGUACUUCUGGCGCUACUCACGCAACCAGCGCUCCCUCCAGCGCUCCCUCGAGCACUUCCGGCGCCGCCACUCCCGGCGCCGUCAACGCCUACGUUCCCAUCCCCGUCCCCUUAUACGACACCACCAGCGUCCCCACGCCGCCCGAGCCGGCGCGGCUGAGCCCCGAGUGGUACGCCCGCAUCGGCAGCCCCAUGGCCGUCUACUUAAACCCCCCCGCCAGCGACGGCGACAGCCAUAUAUAUCCGCCGGCAAUGCCGGAAUUGCCGGAACUCCCGCCGCCGCCGCCGCACUCGGCGCCAUCAACGACAACAUCAGUGCCGCAACAGGCGCCGGUGCUGACGCCGCCACUGGGACCACCGUUACUCCACGCCAUCACCACGACCGCCCAAUUUAGACCCCACCGCAAGCUCGCGCGGCGGCUUAAGCUCGACUCGGUAAAAGUGGCCGACCCUUUCCAUCCGCUGCUCGCCCGCUUCAUCACCAUCCACGAGAACUACGAGGCGGUGUGGCUGAACAAGUACCGCGACCUCUACUGGCGGAUCCUCUACGAAGUGGCGCUGAAGCUCGAAGUGUACUGGACGUUUUUCAUGGACCGGUCGCUCAACGUGUUGCUCAACGAGUGUAACUACUUUGUGGCGCUGAAGCUUCCCAAUGACGACGGGCGCACUAGCCACUUCACCAGUACCGACCUCAAAUUCCUUCUAAAAAGGUCAUAUAUUUAUUACGGGAGACUUAUCCGCACGUUAAGAACCCUGAUUGACCACCUCCACAUCGAGUACCCGACGAAAAUCCUGUUGUUUGCCGCGUGGCUGACGUUUUUGCACCCUCACUCUCAGCAUGAAGUGUUACAAACGAUGUAUGGCGGUACCAUCCUUUUGGCGACGAAAAUCGCUACAGAACUGCCUACUUUGGACGCUAUUACACCGACAAUCCGCACGAUGAUCCAGUUACUCUAUACUCGAGGACUGGAGCUGAUGAUCCCUGACUACCCCGUCACGCUAUUCCACCUGCUUCGAGACGUAUUCUACGGGCUUCGCGCGUGGCUAGAAGACCGUGAUUACGUCGUAGGUGGAGCUCAAGUGCCACGCUACCAGCAGGUGAAAUUUGCCGGUCUCAUUCGCUUUGCCGACGAGUUUGCUGACGACACGUUUCCGGCGCUCCGGUACUUGGACGCCCACUACCGGCCGCGUAUCCCCUCGGGCUACCGUGACCCAGGACUGCUUCUAGUAGUGCUGGCGAAGCUCCUUUUCGCCACGUGUGUCCGCUGGUUCCAGAUCUUCGCCAACGAGCUGUUGCUGGUGGGGCUGAGAAUGCCUUUAAUCUCACGCAUCCUCUACUUGUGCUUCACGGCGACGGCACGCGCCCUCGCGACAGUGGUGCCGACACUCCCGGCAAUCCUCUUAGUGGAGCCGUUCAACUUGAUGGCAGCGGAGACGGAGUUCAAUGCCCGCGCCUACGAAGUGACCCCGGACAAGCUCGCCCCGGACGAGUUCGAUUUCCUCCACUUCAUCACCACCAAAUUGCUGCGGGUGAUCACUUACUUGAAAAUGCGCAACGACCUGUACCUCUACACGACGCUGCUGUUGCCCGUCCCUCCCGUUGACGGCCUUUUCAAUGUGAUACGCAAUGUCGACCACAACACCGACAAAUGCGCCUACACCGACAUCACGUACGUCCAGGCGCCCAAAGUGUACGGCGGCGAAGAACUCCCGUGGCACCCGGACCACUCCCGCUGCCGCCUCACUAUAGACCACUACCCGUUCAUCAAAGACGCCGCCGUUAAGUACGGGUGGCACCACCUUGUCGAGGCGGAGAUUGCCCGCAGCAACGCCGCCGCCGUCCACUCCCCCAACGUCUUCGACUGGGACUCGGGGCUCUACGCCGACGACUUCGACGCCCGCGAGCUCGUGCGCCUCUACUGCGCCCAGUGCCACCGCGAGUUGACCCAGCUGAUGACCCUCGACGCCCUCCGCCAGCGCGUGGCCGCCAUGAACAUCCUGCGGGCAGCGAUGGACCCGGCACCCUUAUAG